UCCGGUACACGCGGUCCGGGGUCCGUCGUGACAAACGUCGUGUCGUUAAAAACGUAAAUUCCAGAUUUUCCUCACGGAUUUACCGGAUUUUACGGUGGCUUGUAUGGUGUGAAAUUAACUAUAUUCGUGCAAGAAAAUGGCGCGAUACGGGCAAAGACCUGAGAAUGCUCUCAAAAGAGCAAACGAAUUCAUUGAAGUAGGGAAGCCAGCUCGGGCAUUAGAUACUUUGCAAGAAGUCUUCCGUAAUAAAAAAUGGACGUACAACUGGUCAGAGUCCGUUUUGGAACCGAUUAUGUUCAAAUACCUGGACCUUUGUGUCGAACUGAAAAAGUCGCACAUAGCGAAGGAAGGAUUAUUUCAAUAUCGAAACAUGUUCCAGUCGGUCAAUGUUGGAAGUUUAGAGAAUGUUAUACGUGGAUAUUUGCGUAUGGCAGAGGAAAAAACAAAUCAGGCAAGGAAACAGAGCCAACAGGCUGUAAUAGACAUAGACGAUCUUGACAACUUGGCUACACCUGAGAGCAUUUUAUUGUCUGCUGUCAGUGGAGAAGAUGCGCAAGAUAGAAGUGACCGUACCAUCCUAACACCUUGGGUGAAAUUUUUAUGGGAAUCUUAUUGCCAGUGCUUGGAAUUACUUAGAACCAACGCGCACGUAGAAACGUUGUAUCACGAUAUCGCGCGUAUGGCCUUCCAAUUUUGUCUCGAAUACAGUCGUAAGACUGAAUUUCGUAAACUGUGCGAGAAGUUGAGGAAACAUUUAGAAGAAAUUUGUAAAUUACCUGCACUCGUCUCGAAUGUUUCCAUGAACAGAGCUGAGACGCAACAGCUGAACCUUGAAACGCGAUUGAAUCAGCUUGAUUCUGCUAUUCAAAUGGAACUAUGGCAGGAGGCGUUCAAGUCUUCUGAAGAUGUGCAUGGUAUGAUGAACUUGUCCAAGAAGCUUCCGGUACCAAAAACCAUGGCCAAUUAUUAUCAGAAAUUGGCCAUGGUUUUCUGGAAAGCAGGCAACUAUCUUUUCCAUGCCGCUGCACUGUUCAAAUUGCUGCAGCUUUCCCGUGAAAUGAAAAAGAACAUGUCAAUGGAAGAACAGCAGAGAAUGGCCAAUCGCGUGUUAUUGGCUACAUUGUCUAUUCCACUGCCAUCGGCUCAUCCAGAAUUUGAUCGUUUCAUUGAAACGGAUAAAAGUCCAUUAGAGAAGGCUCAGAAGCUUGCUACGCUUCUGGGACUCACUCAGCCGCCGACAAGGGUUUCCUUGCUCAAAGAUAUUGUUCGUUUGAACAUAGUAAGUUUAGCAUCUCCGCAAUUGCAAGAACUAUACUCGUGGCUGGAAGUCGAAUUCCAUCCUCUGGAGCUGUGUAAUCGAGUAGAUUCUGUCAUUCAGACUCUACAAACCGACGAAAAUAGUCCGUUGGUUCAGUAUAUUCCAGCCUUGCAGGACGUAACACUUGUUCGUUUGGUUCAUCAAAUAUCGCAGGUUUAUCAGACCAUACAGUUUGCUAGGCUUCUGGAACUUGCAAAAUUUACGACAGACUUUCAUCUGGAACGUCUCUUGGUCGACUGUGUAAGAUACAACGACAUGCAAAUACGAAUUAAUCACGGAAAGAAAUGUGUCCACUUUGGAGUCGAUCUGUCCGAGGCUCAGAGGGAGGAUCAUCCGGAUGGUCCAGUCCUGCAAGCGAUGCCCUCGGAACAAAUUCGUUGUCAGCUUGUAAAUAUGGCGACUGUGUUGCAUAGAGCGAUCAAUAUUAUAAAUCCGAAUAAAAAGAAGGCGGAACGCGAGAAAACGCGUACUGCGAUGGUGGGUCACUAUCACGAAACGAAAUUGAAGGAACAUCAACGAAUUCUCGGAAGGCACAAGAUCAUAGAGGAAAGGAAGGAGUAUAUCGAGCACAUAAACACCGUCCGAGAAGAGGAGGAGAUGCGUAGACAGGAGGAAUUGCAGAGGCAGCAAAUGUUGGCUGAGCAGAAGAGGCUCGAACAGGAGCGGGAGGAGCGUGAAAGAAAACGGCAGCAAAGUGAAAUACAACAGAUCAAGGAUCGCCACCUCAAAGAGAAGAUGCAACAGAUCUCUCAAACUAGUCACGGUCAGAAGGUACUCAAGAAAUUGGACGAGGAUGAAAUCAAGAAAUUGGAUGCGGAACAGAUCGCGGCCCGGGAAGCAGAAGAGUUGCAGAAGGAACGCAGAGAAAUGCAACAGAAGCUGAAGUCUCAGGAGAAGAAGAUCGAUUAUUUGGAACGUGCCAAACGUAUAGAAGAGAUACCGUUGCUGGAGAAAGCGGUCGAGGAGAAGAUGGAGCUGGCCAAGCAACGCUGGGAGCAACAAGAAGCGGAAAGAAUCGCCGCGGCUAUCGAGGAGAGACAGCAGGCUGUCGCGACCAGAGAACGUAUGGCUAGAAUGAAGGAGGACCACGAUAGUUUCUUGGCGAAGAUUCUCGCCGAACGGAAGAGUAUUUACCUUGAAAAGCUGACAGAAUUCGAAAAAGUAUUGAACGAGGAGAGAACAAGUAGAUUACUGAAGCGCAAGGUUGAGCGUAAGGCUGAACGGAAAGAAAAAUGGGAGAACGAACGUGCUGAGGCGUUGGAGAGAAAACGCGAGGAGGAAUUGCGUAUUAAGCUGGAAGAGGAGAAGCGACGAGUCGAGGAGGAGAAGGCAAAGAAGGAGGAAGAAGAGAGAGCAAGACGUGCCGAAGAGGAAGCGAAGGAAGCCGAACGUUUGGCGAAGAUCGAGAAACAGGCCGAGAUUACGAGAGCCAGGGAAGCCGAGAUCGAACGGAAGUUGGAGGAAGAAAGACAGAGGGACAAGGAAACGCCUGACACAUGGAGACGUCAAAAUAUACAAACGAAACCAACAACGGAAAUGUCUUGGCGUCGAAACAUUGACUUGAAGGAGGACGGUAUUAAAGAGGACGGACGUUGGAAGAGACGCGAAGCAACGGAUAAUAAAUGGCGAAAAGACGAUAUAGAAAAACCGAAGAAAGAUGGCGAAAGACCUGAAAGGAUCGAAAGACCCGAUAGGUCCGAAAGGCCCGAACGAUCCGAAAGGCCCGAACGAUCCGAAAGGCCCGAACGAUCCGAAAGGCCCGAACGAUCCGAAAGGCCCGAACGAUCCGAAAGGCCCGAAAGAUCCGAAAGGCCUGAAAGAUCCGAAAGACCUGAAAGAUCCGAAAGACCUGAAAGGUCAGAAAGAACUGACAGAUCGGAAAGAUGGCGACGGGAUGACUAUGAUAAGGAUGAUGCUCGAGAUAGGGACAGGGAUAGAAUAGAUAAAGAUCGUGGAAUGGACGGACGUUCGAUACGCGAUAUUCCACGUGAUUCGAUAUCGGAUGGAGCUCGCCGCGGUGGCAGGAUGCCCGAACGUCGUGGAUUUACUGUUGGCCAUCGUCGCGAUGAACCGAUGCGUAGUAGCAACAAUUGGCGCGACAAAAGCGACGCGGUACAAAAUUCUCCUCGGGAUGCACCACCCCCCAGACGCGAGGAAAAGCGGGAUGAUUUGAAAGAUGACAGACUUCCACCGAAACACGACGAAAGAAGGCGACCACCAGAGGACGACGGAUGGUCGCAGGUCAGUAGCCGGCGUUAAUAUAGGACUUGGAAACUACCUAUAGAAGCAACGAUUUACUAUUCAUCAAGAACAGUGCAUAAUACGCAGUUAGACUUAUGCCUGGAACUAUAUGGUGGGCCCAAUUCUACCGUUUUGUGCACCGCUUCGUUUCUCCUCCGAUAUACUCGUAACGAUUCAAAGAAAGCACAAAGACGAUCGAUCGUUAGUCAAUUCACGCAUGUGUCAUCACGUGGACUAAAAGAAACAGAAAGAAAACUGUAAAACACUAUUGACAGAUAACAAUGAGUAUCUAUGAUUUUUUUUAACAAUCAUGCAGCACACGAAUUUUUUUAAAAUCAACAGCUCACUGCGUUAACCUGCAUUAGAGUUUGUAAAAAAAAAACGAGAACAGUCGGGACAGUAUACAUAAUUAAUUAGUCUGUUACAAUUGUAUGUGAAAUAUGAAUCAGUGUCAGAGCAGAAGAGAUGGUGAAUUGUAUGGGUGCCGAAGAAUUGAAUUGGCUAGGUAAACUAACUAAUGGCAGAGGUGGAAAGUUUCAAAACAUCAAUAAAGUUUUCUUGUAUCCCAAUUGUAAUGUUAAUUCUUUUGUUUUUUUGUAUGAAGUCUGUAACGUCGUG